CACAAAGUAGUCUCGCGGCAACAGUACAAUCGUGCAGGUGAACAAGUAGCUACUCUACCAAGAUCAAGCACCCAAGCCCAAAAGCCGGUUUUAGUUGAAAUUAAAAACUAAAUAUUUAAAAAAAAAUAAAUUAAAUAAAAUGCGCUUGGGAACGACAGUACCAAAUUUUAAAUGCGACUCAACCAAGGGACCCAUCCAAUUCUACGAUUGGCAAGGAGACUCUUGGGUUGUGUUGUUUUCCCAUCCUGCUGAUUUUACACCAGUCUGCACCACUGAGUUGGGUCGCAUUGCCGUUCAUGCCCCCGAAUUCGCCAAACGUAAUACAAAAUGUUUGGCCCAUUCGGUGGAUCAGUUGAAAUCCCAUGUCGAUUGGGUUAACGAUAUCAAAUCGUAUUGCUUGGACAUUCCCGGAGAAUUCCCCUAUCCCAUUAUUGCUGAUCCCACUAGAGAAUUGGCUGUGCAAUUCGGCAUGUUGGAUGAGGAUCAACGCAAAGAUCCAGAAAUUGGCAAAACCAUUCGGGCUCUAUUUAUUAUUAGUCCUGAUCAUAAGGUGCGCUUGUCGAUGUUCUAUCCAAUGACAAUGGGACGCAAUGUUGAUGAAAUCUUGCGUUGCAUUGAUUCUCUACAACUAACUGAUCGCCUUAAGGUUGUGGCCACUCCAGCAAAUUGGACGCCUGGCACUAAGGUCAUGAUUAUACCUUCUGUUACUGAUGCUGAGGCUGAAAAGUUAUUCCCCAAGGGCUUUGAUAAGGUCACUAUGCCUUCAGGUGUGAACUAUGUAAGAACAACCGAAAACUAUUAAGGCAUUCUCGAUCAUAGUUUGUUAUCUAUAUAUUUGUAUUUUAUAUAAAAAAAUUGUUUAUAUUUAUUUGCAAUAAAUUAACAAUAUUUUUUAUUAAAAAAAAGAAA